ACGUGGCAUCCAUCACAUGACGUUUAUGAUCCCCAUCCAACGGUCCAAUUGGGUUGCCAAUGCCAUAAUCUGGUGGAAAUGUUUGAGGGGACUGAGUCACAGAGAGCAAGAAACAAGAUAAAAUCCUCCCGUGGACAAUAUAGAUAUUUACUGAAUUCGUAGAGACUAGAGAGAGAGAGAGAGAGAGAGAAUUAAGAAGAGGAGGGCGGGGGAGGAGGAGAGAGAAAGAGAUGGCGUUAAAGGUACCGGCGGUUGCCUUCACGUUUGUGGUACACACGCUCGGGGUUACGGCUUUGGCUUUGGUGUUGGUUUGGACCAUUCAUUUCAGAGGAGGUUUGGCAUGGGAAGCUACCAACAAGAACCUCAUCUUCAACCUCCAUCCUGUUCUCAUGUUACUUGGCAUAAUUAUCAUGGGAGGUGAAGCCAUUGUUAGUCACAAAUCACUGCCUUUCAAUAAAGAGACGAAGAAAGUGAUACACUUGGUUCUUCAUACCCUCGCAUUGGCUCUUGGGAUCAUUGGUAUUUAUCUUGUGUUCAAGAACCACAAUGAGAGUGGAAUUGCCAAUCUGUACAGUUUGCACUCCUGGAUUGGAAUUGGGGUGAUUGUUCUCUAUGGAAUUCAGAGAGCAAGAAGAAUGAAGAGAGAAGAAAAGCUAGAGAGAGAAGCAGAGAGAAUAUUUCAUAACAGCAACAUUCUAACCGUUUAGAAUGGUGCUCCACUUUCAUAUGUUCAUUCAUUCCUUACAUCAGUCAUCAUCACCAUUCAAUACAUAAGCCAUUGUGAUUAUGACACAUGGCAAUUACAAGGCAUGUGAGCCAUUAGAAUGAAAACUGAUCUAAGGCCUACACUUGACAUAGGAGCUUAAGCUAUCUCAACAGAAAACAGUUUCACAAAAUGACAAAUAAAAAAUCUACUAAGUAAACCAUUUACUAACAAGUAAUUAGUAAGCAAUUUACUUUUCAACACUCCCUUCUAAAUUGCUAACUGAUUUCACACCAAGUAGGCUUCUCAGGUAGUUGAACCUGUCUUUGGGAAGAGCCUUUGUAAAGAUGUCUGCAAUCUGUUCUUCACUCUUGUAGUAAAUCAAAUCAAUCAAUCAUUCUUGAAUUGCAUCUCUAAUGAAGUGAAACUUUCUGCCAAUAUGUUUGGUUCUCUGAUGAAACAUAGGGUUCUUAGACAUAGCUAUAGCUGAGGUGUUAUCACAGAAUAAGGGAGUUGCAGUGGCGUGCUCUUCUCCAAAGUCUUCAAGCACAAAUCUAAACCAAAUGGCAUGUGUAGUUGCUUCAGCUAUGCUGACAUACUCAACUUCUGCAGUUGAGAGUGCCACACUGUGUUGUUUAACUGAGGCCCAUGAAAAUGCCCCACUUCCAAAUGAAAAAGCAUACCAUGAGGUGUUUUUCAUGUCCUCCUCAAAUCCACUACAGUUACUAUCACAGUAGCCAAUUAAUAGAGUAGACUUUCCAACCACAUAUUCAAUCCCAAAAUCAAUUGUUCCCUGGAUAUACCUUAGAACCCUUUUAGUAGUUCCAUAGUGCUUCUUGGAAGGUUUAUGCAUGAAUCAUGCAAGUAGGCUACCAGAGAACAUAAUAUCUAGUUUGGUAGCAGACUCCCAACAAUUUUCCUGUAUAAACUUUCAUCUGCGGGUUCACUAUUAUCAUCACUUCUCAAAUUUUCAGUUGUAACCAAUGGAGUGCUCACUAGCUUGCAGUCUUUGAGCCCAAAUUUAUCCAAGAGUGUCAAAGCAUAUUUUUUCUAAUGUAUAAAUAUACUCCCUUCAAUUUGAGUUACCCUCAUUCCAAGAAAAUGUUGAAGACUUGUGACUUGUGCUGCAAAAAGAACACCUAACACAUUUUAGUGUGAUCAUCAAUAAAGGUAAGGAAUAAUGUGUUCCCUCCAAGAGUAGUGAUCUGCAUUGGACCACAGAUAUCAGAGUGAAUCAGUUCCAUAGCAAACAUGCUCAGUGACUUGUAGUCUAGGUAAACCCUGCACCAUUUCCUCCUCUUGCAAGAGCAUCAAACUGAUGUAGUUUAGAUGUCCAUAUCUUCUAUGCCACAACCAAGACGACUUUUCAACAGUUGCUCUAUUAGUCAUAAGAGGAUUAACAUAUUCUAGACUUAAGGGAAAACAUCUGUUUCCUUUCAUUUGAACACUUGCAAUCAAAUCUUCCAUCUGUCUAUCUGCAUAUAUAUCAACCAUGUAAUCACCAAACACAAGCCAAUAUCCAUGUUCUACCAUCUACCAUACACUCAAUAAAUUUUUAUCCAAUCCAGGUACAAUCAUAACCUCUUUAAUAUAUCUAGUCACACCUUUCAUCUCUAUAACCAGGGUACUUUUGCCUAUUGACUGCACUAAAUCUCCAGUGCCCAUGUUAACUCUACACUUCACAUUUUUAUCAACAUCAAUAAGUAAAGAUUCAUGAGAGGUCAUAUGAUUACUACGUGCACUGUCUACAUACCAUAUGUUCAUAUUUCUUCCAAUAGUAACAGAAUGACAGGCAUAAAACAUGGUUGCAGGUUCUGUUACCUGAUUGGCAAAGUUUACAAGCUUUCUAGCCUUGUUUGGUUGAUCACAAUCCUUGAUAAAAUGACCAAAUCGAUUGCAACCAUGGCAUUUUAGCUUCCCUUUAAACCAACACUCACCAUAGUGUAGCUUAUCAUAAUGUUUGCAUUUUCCCUUAGCCUGAUAUGGUUUUCCUCCUUGAUCAUUUUUGCCACCUUGAUUGACAAAGUUAUGAGGUUUAGGGUCAUAUUUCUUUCCCUUCGAUUUCCAGUUCUUCUUUGGUUUAGAGUUACCAAAAGAGGGAUUUGAUUGAGUUCCUUUUGGAUUCACACUCAUACUACUAAAAGCUCUCUCAGUGGUAUUCUGAGCAUGCCUAUCAAGGCGUUAUGAAAAUCCUCUCAAAGAAGCAAUAACUUCUUGCACCUCAAUAGUUUCAAUGUCCUUAGUUUGCUUGAUCAUAUAGCAAACUGGAUCAAAUUCUUUGGUCAAGCUUAUAAGCAAUUUAUGAACCAAACGCUCUCUGGGUAAAUCUUUCUCAUACCUUUUCAUUUGAUUCACCAGCUCGAGAAGACGAGUGAGAUACACAGACAAGGUUUCAUCAUCCUUCAUCCUUGUGUACUCGAAAUCACGAUGUAGACCCUGUAGUUUGAUGGAUCUCACUUGUUUAUCACCAUGAAAUUCCUGGUGUAAAAUAUCCCAAACGCCCUUUGAGGUCUCCUCAUUUGAGAUUCUAGGAAAAAUAUCCUCCGAAACUGCUUUUUGAAUGAUACCCAACGCCUUAGCAUCCUUCAUUGGCUUAUCACUCAAAGAAGUUUUCUCUGAAUCUAAUGAGCCUUCCGCUUCGACCUUCUUCCCCUUCGAUUCUGGAAUUUCAAAACCCUUUUCAACCAAAUCCCAUAUUCCAUGCAUUUGAAAAUGGUUCUCAUUCGGAUCUUCCAAAAUUCAUAGUUGUUACCAUUGAAUAUUGAAGUCCAAAGAUGACCACCACUUAACCCAGCCAUUUGAGACCUGAAUCAAUGAACUGAGCUAGAAAUUUCACGUUGGAUUUCCGAGCACAACCCUCACAGAUCCGAUGCCUCGAUUCCAGAUAGAACCUAGGCUCGCGAUACCAUGUUAAGAUUGUUAAGGAUAGUAAUCCAAUGGUAGAAUAUGAAGACACUUGUCAAAAGAUUAGGAAGGCUGUUAGAGUUAGUUAUAUUGUGACUUAGGCAGUUUCAUAUAGUAUAAGUCUUGAUAUUGUAAGAUUGAAGUAACUGAAAUAUGACAUAUGAAAGUAUCAACUUCUCUCUCUAAAUCUCUCUCUCUCUCUCGAGUACUGCAUAUUCUCCUGUUAUUACAGUUCGGUUUACAAAGAUUUGAGUAAGCUUCCAUUAAUCUGAUCAUUUGGAUUUCGAAGAGAGCAAGAAGAAUGAAGAGAGAAGAAAAGCUAGAGAGAGACGCAGAGAAUAUUUCAUAAUAGCAAGAUUCUAACCGUUUAGAAUGGUGCUCCACUUUCAUAUAUUCAUUCAUUCCUUACAUUAGUCAUCA